UUGAAUGGUGAACACAAGUUGAACUGUCGUAUGGCUCAAAGCACACAACCAGAUCAAAGCAACCCUUAAAGAACACAACAUCAAGCUCAAACUACAACACAUCCAUCGUCACCAUCAUGUCAAAUCUACCUCUGGAAAUGAUCGCCGACAUCCUCCGCCGCUUACCACCCAAGAAUCUACUCUGCUGCAGGUCUGUAUCCAAACCAUGGCGUUCUCUGAUCGACAGUCCAACUUUCAUUUACCUACAUCUAAGCCACUCACUACACACCGCUUCUAAUUUAAGCAUCAUACUCAAGAAUUCAGAGCUUUACUCUUUAUCCUUUGAUUCACCUCAUAGAAUCAAAUUACUUGACCAUCCUUUGAUGUGUUAUAAUCAUAGUAUCAAAAUCUUAGGUUCUUGUAAUGGGCUGCUUUGUAUUUCUAACAUUGUUGAUGAUAUUGCUCUGUGGAACCCAUCUAUUAGAACUUACCGUGUUUUGCCCUAUUUGCCUGUUGAGCUUAAGCGAUAUUUCGGCAUGUGUUCUUGUCGGGUUAGUGUUUUCGGAUUCGGGUAUGACUGUGUUUUCCAUGAUUAUAAGGUUGUUAGGAUUGCGCAGUUUUCCGGGGUUGAUAGGAAGAGUUUCGAGUCUGAAGUUAAAGUCUUUAGUUUACGAAAGAAUUUUUGGCGAAGGAUUGCUGAUAUGCCUUAUUGUGUUUUGUAUCCCGGCGAAAAUGGUGUUUAUGCUAAUGGUGCCUUACAUUGGUUAGUGAGCCGAAGUCCGGAUUUUGAUGUCGCGAACAUCAUUGUGGCUUUGGACUUAGGGGUUGAGGGUUAUAAGGAGGUGCCGCAGCCUGAGUUUGCGGAUGUGCAGUUUAAAACGGAGAUUGGAGCUCUUCGAGGAUGUCUUUGUUUGCUAGCGAAUUUUCACUAUGAGCGUGUUGAUGUUUGGGUGAUGAAGGAGUAUAUGGUCAAGGAGUCGUGGCGUAAAUUGAUUUCUAUUGCAAGUCAGGAAGUUAUUGGGACUCUUAGAUCUCUUAAGCCUCUAGCUUAUUCGGAGAGCGGUAAUGAAGUUCUUAUAGAGCACAAUGAUGUACACCUUUUCUGGUAUGACCUUCGGAGGAGAAAAGUCAGCAAUAUUUGGAUUCAAGAUAUGCCUAUUACAUUUAAAUCAGAAUCUUGUGUUGGAAGCCUUGUUGCAGUAAAUGCAAAUAGGCUGCUUGAGAGAGCACAUCACGAUUUCGACAAGAAGAAAAGUCGGAAGAAGAGGGAUGAUUUCUUGUCUGAGGGAUUCAAAUUGGUCUUGUAAAAGGCUGGAGAAGAAGUGACUAUUCUUAAUUACACUAUAUCACUCAGCAUCAUGCUUGCCAAGUCUUAGCCACAUUUAUUUUUUGAUGGCCUAACUUGAUUGGUUGUGCUUUCAACAUAGGGGGUAGGAUUUAGUAGCCAACUGAAUGCGUAAAUAAAAGGCAUUUUGGUACAAUCAUUUCUCUCAGAGUUGAAACUAAUGGGCUGAAAAAAUUGAGAAUUAUGAAGAAAGUUGCGAAGGAGGUUAAAGGUCGAUGCUAAUAAAAUUUCUUUGCAUUUUAACAAGUCAGGUUGGUGGAAGACUAACUCUCCUAGGUGUUCAAUCCUCUCACAAUUGGCAAGAGACGUGUUGCCAACUCCAAUUUUAACUGUGGCUUCGGAGUCAGCUUUUAGUACAUCUAAGGGGAUACUGAUCCAUUUGGAAGCUCUCUUUCUCCAAUGAUGGUAGAAGCUCCUGUAUGUGCUCAAAAUUGGCUGCGAUCUUCAUUGAUAAUUGAUCUUCGACAUGCAAUGGCGGAGUUGAAAAAUAUGAUGAAGUAGAGAAUGAAUUAGCAAGAGUUUCACCAAUAGUUAUGGGUUCAACUCCAGUAACAUUAUAGAAUACUAAGAGAUGGUUUUAAUGGUGGUGCUCCUGCUGUCCUGUUGCUGUUGCCUUUGCUAGAAUUGAGAAUGAUUAUGUAGAUCAUUGAUCAUCAGAAACUUGUUAAGAAUGAUAACUUUUUGAGAUUCAUUAGCUGUUAAUUUCAAUGAAGUUUAUACUUUAAAAUGUUGUUAACAAUAUUUUAUUGUUAUAGUUGUGAAGGUUCUUUA